UACGGUAAGAAAUUUACUAAAUAUCUUCAUGGAACGUGAUCUUAAUAUCCUAAUGAUUUUUGGCAUAAAAGAAAAAUGUAUAAUUUUGAGCCAUACAAUGUAUUGUUGGCUAUUGCUACAAAUAUAGCUGUGCUGCUUAUGACUGCUUCUGUGCUGCAGGGUCACAGUGUUGGGAAUCAAAAAUCAAUUCCAAUUCCAUAAUCGGAUACUUAAGGUCAGGAAUCGGAUACUUGUUGUAAAAUUAAAAUUUCGAUUCCACCUAUCAAUUCCUGUGUGCGCACCUUUUUUUUUAGCUGGCGAAACGGGUUGUUAAACAUGUAUUUGUCUUUGAAUCAUUCACUCAAGAGAUUCAUUCAAAAACACUGAUUCGUCCAGUAAUGAAACAAGUGAGUCAUUGAAUCAUUCCAUUCAUCGAGUUUGUUUAGUUGUCUAAUGUUUUUCUUCAGAAUCGUGAGAGAUGUAGUUCUCUCCAUUAAAGAAAAAAAAAGUCUUAAUUUAUCUAGAAUCAUGCAGCUCUAUUCUGCACACAAACAGCUCUUAAUCAAGUCCAGUUUUUAUGUAGCAGAAUAAAUAUGUUUGAUAUCUAAAUGUUUGACUUCGAAACUGGAAAUCAAUAAGAAUCAGAAUUGGAAUUGAUCAAAUUCAAACGAUACCCAACUCUACUGUGAACCCUACUCUCGUCCUGUAACGCUUUACUCUUCACUCUCUCAGGUUCUCAUGAUGGUUCUUCCUCUCCUCGUAAUCCUUCUUCUUCCUAAAGUCUUCAACCCCAGUGAUCCCGAGAUGAGACGGGAGAUGGAGCAGUCCAUGAACAUGCUGAACUCCAAUCAGGAGCUUCCAGACGUCUCGGAGCUCAUGACCAAGUUCUUCUCAUCACCUAAAAGUGACGAGAAGGCAGGAGGCGGAGCCAGAGGCCCUCGGGUGGAGCUCCGGGUGCAAGGGGCGGAGCUUCGAGGCGGAAAAUUAAAGAUUAAUAUGCACUGUGCACCUCACGUCAUAUGCAGAGUAAAACAGAAGCUAAGAGCGUGAAAAUGCUUCUGUUUUUAUUUUAGGUGUAUCUGCUGUGUUUAGUAAAGCUGAAGACUUCAGUCGGUCAGAACACAAUGUUUCAUCUGUGUUUAUAUGUGAAUGUCAUUAUACUGCUGCUGAAUCUUGACUGUAUCUUUGAUUAUUCAAGCUGCUUCAGUUUCACAAUAUAACACAGUAACACUUUACAAUAAGGUUUCAUUAGUUAAUGUUAGUUCGUGCACUAACCAACAAGCAAUAUAUUUGUUACAGUGUUUAUUAAUCUUUGCAAAAUACAACUGUUCAUUGUUCAGGUUUAAUGCAGGUCUUAAAAAGUCUCAAUUCGUCCUUCCACAGAAUAAGGCC